AUGGAACACAGCGCCACAACAGAGGUCAGCCAUCACUUUAUAGAAUGCCCUCUGAACGGAACACAAUGCCAAGGACAUCACUCUAUAGCAUGCCCUCUGAAUGGAACACAACACCAAGGACAUCACUCUAUAGAAUGCCCUCUGAAUGGAACACAACGCCAAGGACAUCACUCUAUAGAAUGCCCUCUGAAUGGAACACAGCGCCACAACAGAGGUCAGCCAUCACUUUAUAGAAUGCCCUCUGAAUGGAACACAAUGCCAAGGACAUCACUCUAUAGAAUGCCCUCUGAAUGGAACACAACGACUCGACAGAUGCCAGCCAUCACUCUAUAG